AUGCGUCUUCGCGCCGUCCGCGGGCCGUUGACUGUCACGGCGAUGACGCCGACACGCGCCUUUUCCGAGGCACGGUCCAAUUACGACGGCACCGCCAUGCCGCCGUGGCCAGCAGUGGGCGAGAGGCCACAGUACCCGUCCGCCCUCUCUGAGUCGCCGCUGCCGAGGCCGCGCAUGCGCAAGACGCACACGGAGUGGAUGUUCUUCCAUGGCCACGGCGGGCGCCCCGGCAUGUACGGCCCGUCGCGCGAGAUUGCGGACUUUGAGUUCGCCGACGGCACGCCAGCGAGCGUCAGCAGCCGCCGCUUCGCCUUCAAGCACCACCAAGACCACCUGCUGGUGCAGCUCAUACGCGCCGGCGCGGUGGUGGAGCGCCACGCGGUGAGUGGACUUCUCCCACGCGUGCCCGGCACGGCGGAGCAGCGUGACUGGGACCCCGCCAUCCCGCUCUUUCUCGAGGACGUUGACGAGCGCGGCAGGCCGCCACCACCGCCACGCAGCAGUGGCAACGGCAAUGCCACCGCCGACAUGUGUGCCCGCGUGGUGGACGAGCGUAUGGCGAGAUCGGCGCCCACUCCGAGUGAAUUGGCAAAUCACCACGCGGGCGAGGAGCUGGAGCCCAACCUGAUGUUCGCGUCAUACGACCCCAGCGCGUUUGUCAACGAUCAGGUGCAGAUGCGGGAGAACAAGCGGCCGUACUGGUCCCGGCGUCGCUGGGCGCUGACAGACAGGUUCUUGGUGCCCAAGAGUCCCAAGCCAAAGAACACCAUCAAGGAUGAGUAA